UAUAAAGUUUGAUAAUAAAUUUCUCAUUUUCAGAUAAAACCAUGAGUUCAAAUAAAUGCUUCAAAUGCAAUAAACCUGGCCAUUUUGCUCGUGAAUGCCCACAUGGUGAUGAUCGUAGAGGCUCUCGAGGAAAUAGAGGAUAUAGAGGUGGAGGAAGUGACUUUCGUUCUUCUCCAAGAUUAUCUUGUUAUAAUUGUGGCCGUAAUGGUCAUAUGGCAAGAGAUUGUCCUGAACAAGAAAAGACUUGUUACAUUUGUGGCAAUAAAGGGCAUAUUGCACGAGACUGUGAACAGGAUGACAGAAAGGUAGAAGUUCUUUCCAAAAAUUGCUAUGGUUGUGGAAAAUCAGGCCAUAUUUCUCGCGACUGCCCAAAUGGAGAAAAGGAUAACAGAAAAUGCUACAACUGCGGAGAGUUUGGACACAUCAGCCAUGCUUGUCCGGAAAGUGGCAGUAUAAACAAUGUUUCGGCUGGUUUACGGUGAACGACUACCAUGUGGACAUGCCUGUGUGGUCGGCAGGUGACGGCAGACUGGUGUGACACUUUUGCCGACUGCUAGUCUUUCACGAGAGGGUCACAUUUGUGAUCUUGCAGUCUGUGUCAGUGUGUAUACCAAGAAUGCAAGCAAAUUAGAUAGUUGAAGAAAAUUUUUUUCCCCCAAAAUAAACUGGGAGUGGUGUCAGCUGUUACGUGUGGGUCCACAGGAGGAGUGAGAUAUAGCUCCUAUGUCCAGUUUUAUCGUUGAACCAGAUUUUAUUCUCAUUGAAUCACUUGGUUGGAAUUGUUGCCUUGCUUCUUAAAAUAUUGGCAUAUUUUGAUUAUUUUCUCAUUCACACAGUGUGUUGUGAUGUGAUUUUUGAAAUUCAGACAUGAUGCUACUUGAAAUGAAGGAAUUAAACCAUUGGAUUAUUUUAUGAAAGAAUAAAAGUUUAUCUUUGUAUGGCAA